AGCAAACAGAGAGCCAACUCACCCAGGAGCCAUCCAAGACAGAUACCCGAACCACCUUAACACUUUUCAAUACAAAAUGCCCCCAUCCCUUUUUUUUUUUAAUGAUGACUAUAUUUAUUAAGGCCAAAACAAAACAACACAAACAGCUAUCGAAACCAAUCUGGUCCUAUGUGGGGAAAAAGUAAUUGCUACCUAAGCUGGUUGUGUCACCCAUGGCAGCAAAAACGGCAGUGAACUGUUUGCGAUAAAAGGCAUUGAGGAAUUUGGCCCGAUCUUUGCAGUAUUGUUUUGGGACACAUUGGAGUGUUUUCAAGCGUGAAUGGUCUGUUUAAGGUCACACCAAAGCAUCUCAUCUGUCCUCUGAAAAGUCUUGGGAAUCUAUAGGAUCUUUUUUGUUCUCUUGUGGCAUAGAUAUGCUCUUGGGACUAAUUUUGAUACACUGGCCACUCCUGGGAAGGUUAACCACUGUCCCAAAGCUUUAAAAUGGCUUUAUAACCCUUUCCUGACUGAUAGACGUCAAUGAUUAUUUUGUUGCUGUUCUGGACAGAUCUUUAAAACUGCUUCCCUUUGUUAAACAAGUCUUGUUUAAGUUGUGUUUUGAUUCGACAGGUCUGAAAGUAAUCAGGGUUAGGUUAGGUUUUUUUUUUUUUUAACGAAAUGGGAAAUGGGGGUAAAUACUUUCUCACAGUACUGUGUGCAUACUAUACAUUUUUAAAUUCAGAUGUAGAUAUGAACACCCACUUUAAACAUAAAAAAGAUUCAUUUAACGCACCUUUAUGAAUAAAUUCUUUAGUUAAAUAUUGGUGACGUUUUUUCUUUAAUAGUCGGUCAGAUCAGCUGAUCUCCAUCGUCAUCGUCGGUCGGACAGCAACGGCCAGCGCUAGCUAAACAUAGCUAGUAGUAAAAGUUAUGACAGGACAUGUCAGGUUUAGUGUACCAUAAGGUAAGAUGUUUGUCAGAAUCCCGUGUAUAAAGCAGCAGUGUGUUUGCAGACUCGUCUAUUGUUUAACCUGCGUCUGUAGUCGGAAGCUAACAGUCUGUUAGCUUACCUCACCUAACUGUGCAGGUACCGUUAGCCGGUAGUCAUUAGCCACAUGUAGGUCACCACACAUCAAACGGGCGCCGUUGCAAAAUAUUAGACGAUGUACAAUAUAUUGUGAAGCCGUGGGUGUGUUUUUAAGUGACUGUUGUAAGGUGUCAAGCGUUUUGAGUGACACUUAAUGGGUUUAGGUUCGGCUUUUUUGUGGCCCGUUGGUUAGCUUACGGUGAAGCUAACCGUGGUGUAACGUAACGAUAUAAAACAGACGGAACUGUCUCACACACGAAUAAAAUUGAGAUAUUAUUAUUAUUAUUAUUAUUAUUAUUAUUAUUAUUAUUAUAGUUAAGUGUUUGUGUAGGUUUUCAGCCAUCCAGGUGAUGGUACCCAUAAGACCUUCCAAAGGAAGGCGACUGGACUUGUUUAGGUGUGACACCUUUACCUCUCAUCCAAGAGGCUUCCUUAGCGCUCAUUAAAAAUUGAUGGAGAGUCCCGGGUGUUGAACUCAUGGUGGGGGUUUCCCCCUUUGGGCGCGGUUCUUUUAGAAACACCUGCACCUAAAGAACAAAAUACGCUCUUUUUUGUAUGAUCAUGUUAAUAUUUUAAACCAAGAAGACAUGGUUUGAGAGAGGAGUAAAGGAGGGCAUCAUUGAACAGAGGUGGGAGCUUACCACACCAGUUAUCAAUGACUUAAUGAAGCCAUAAGAUCCCUUUCCAAGCGCUUCAAUCCCCACUCAGACCUUGCUUCAGGUGACCUCAGUAGGGUCAAAUGAUGGGUUGAGGCAAGGCCUUACAAUAGAUUCGACCUUAACCCUCAGUGAUGGGAAUGAGCCACACAUUUUGUUUCUGCGCCUUGGCUCAUGUGAUGACUCAUAUGAUCAAUAGUAGGUCCAUGACAGAACCAAUUCUGAAGGACUUUCCACCUUUUUUAAUUAAUUUAUUUUUUUUAUAGAACUGAAGAAGCCUCUUGAAAUAUCUCAUACCCAAAAUAAGUCUAGUUGCCUUCUCUUUCAAGCUCUCAAGAUUAUACUUAGAUGUUUCUGAGUUUAGCUUGGCCAUUUUCUGCCAACAGAGUCCUCUGUGCACCAAAAUAGAGCCAGCAGUCAGUAAGCAAACAACGUCUUAACAGCUGGCAGCUGAGUAAACAGUUCACUCGGACACCAGACAGUGAAAUUUACUUAUUUAUGUACUUUCACUUUUCAGGUUCUGACCUUGGUAAGCAAUUGAGCAUCUGGCUACCAACCAGACUGAACGCUCUAAUCUGAGACUAACUAUGCCUUAUCUCUGAGAAUGGGAGGAAGUGGAUCCAAAGCCAAAGGUGUCUGGCCUUUCUCAGGCAGCGGAGGCGAGUCAGGAAAUGAUGGGAACGAGCAGUCUCUGGCCCGGCUGAAAGGCUCUAAGAAUGCAACACCAUUUGUUUUUACAAGGAGAAGUUCUUUGUAUUAUGAUGAGGACGGUGACCUCGCCCAUGAAUUCUAUGAGGAGACGGUCGUGACAAAAAAUGGCAGAAAGAAGUCCAAGUUGAAGAGGAUCCAGAAAAAUCUAAUUCCACAGGGAAUUGUGAAGCUCGACCACCCGUGUAUUCAUGUCGAUUUCCCCAUCGUCCUCUGUGAGGUGUGACACGUUGCACAGUGACCGGUCUACAAUGACGUGCAGCCACAGAUCCUCUUUGCUGAGCAUCAUUCAAGUCCCGAGAGCUGCAGUCAAGAACUGGCGAAUGGGGCUUGCAGAGGAAAAAGGAAAAUUCAAACUGUCACAUGAAAAAUGAUAUAUUGAAUUAAAUGUUAUACAUUUGAAUUCAACAAGUCUUUAUUUUGACAUUCACAAAAAUAGUGAUGGUACAAGUUGUGUUUCCACUACCCAGCUGAUAUGUAUGCAGACUUGGAGAAUACUUCGGAUGAAUUCGUGUUUCUCCUGUUGAGUUUUUUUUUGUUUUUGUUUUUUUAAUUUUGCAGGGCAAAACAUCUGUGACGUGAAAAGGGUUUAAUGGUUCAUGCCUUCUGUGAGAUGUAGACUCUGUAUGUGUCUUUGUACAUGUGCUAGUUUUGGGUUCGUGUGUGAACUACAAAUGCAAGAUGUAUUUGCAGGGUGGGAAUGAUGAGGGAUUGUGGAAUUUGUAUAUAUUUAUGUUCUGUAUUGUCACGUCUGAGUUAGUCUCAGUUAUUGGCGCUCAGACCUGCACUAGUGAACAUAAUGUACUGUAAAUAACAUCAGAUUUCUUAGUUGAAAAUACUUGAAUAAAUGGUUUAUUGAGCAAAAUCACUCAAA